AUGCCAAAAUAUGUAGAUGAUUUAUUGAAGAAAUCAGAAUUCGUCUGCAGUAGCGAACUUAUCAAUCAUCAGCCUGACCUCUUGAAGAGUAUUCUCGUUAGUUGUUCCGACGACUUGACAGAAGUUAAGCUUUUCAGCAGCAAUUAUGAAUAUGUGUCAACCGUAGCCGUUUUCAUAGAAUCUGCAACUAUAAGUGCGUUACUAUGCGUCCAAUUAUAUAUUAUGUCUAAGGAUUUUUCAGCUGGGUACGGACUUUAUGAACUUUGGAGCAUGGCUACCGUCGCAAUCCUUUGGAUUUAUUAUUGGCAUGCCAACGAGAUAUCACAUAAGAGUAACGGAAUAACAAAUGCCUUAUAUUCAUUCAACUGGUAUGAAAUACCACUUCCUCUGCAGAAGGAUAUUGCCGUCUUCAUGUUUGCAACAAUGAAACCUAUAACGAUGAGGAGCGGAUUUAUCCAUAUGAACACAAAUUCGUUUUUUAUGCUACUCAAAACUUCAUACACUUACUUCACAUUACUUCAAAACUUCACCAAAUGA